CAAGUCAUGUCCAACGCUCUAUUACUACGUCUCUUUACAUCCGAAUUCUUCAAUUCAUGGAUCGCAGUUUCAUAUUUGUUUCGCUACCCUGAUAAUGUUGGCAUUCAGCAUUAUUUAUGCGCAGAGUUAAAGAAGUUUCCUAUAUCAGAGAUCGAGUUUUUCUUACCGCAACUAGCUCAUCUGCUCAUUACUCGCCCUUCGGAAUCAGUCGCCCUAGAAUGUUUCCUAAUUGACAUGUGUGAACAAUCCACACACAUGGCCAUCAUGAGUCUGUGGUACCUGCAGGCCUAUUUGUCAGAUUUGUCCCUGGACCCGUCAAGCGCUUCGUUUGAACUGUGCAAGCGGCUACUGAAUAAAUGUCAGGCAAUUGUGUUCUCGGAUGGACAGACAAGCGACUCGGAGCAAGCAGAAGUGGAAGGAGUAAAAGAGGCACACAAGGUGAGCGAGCACGCAAUGCCAGCUCUGGUCGGCAUGAGUGCAAUGCUGCUGGGUGUGGGUCAGCCACUGAUGACACGGUCGGCCGGAAGAAUUGCGCUUGCCCAGGGCCGUCAGAACCGCUCUUUUAGUCUGACAACAGCUCUUCGUCGCAACACAGUCGGCACAGGUCGACACUCUGUACCUAGUCCUCCCAUCAAAGCAAACUCAGUCGAUGCCUUACCCCUGAGUCAGCAGCAGCACCAUAGUCAUCACCAUCAUAGUCAUAAAAAUCAUAGUCACCGUCAUCAACAAUCUCGCAGUAUGACCUCACCCUUCCAAUCUGCCAGUCAACCUGAUCUUCCACUCCAUCGGCACUCUCUCCCAAACCCAUUCACAAGCUCCCCCUCCCUAGAAGAUCUCCACCCAUCGGACGAGGAAUACUCGGCUCUCUCGACUCUAAGUCUUGACCAUCGGAAAUCUCUGCUGAGAUCAAACUACUUUCGGUCAGAGAUGCAGUUCCUUUUGGCGCUGGUCGACAUUGCCACCCGUUUGGUGAUUGUUCCCAAACAAGCCCGCCAGAACGCCCUUCACGCCGAACUCACCUUGCUUAACCACAACUUACCUGCCGAGGUCUGUAUUCCUCUCUGGUGCCCCGCCACGGCAGAGAAACCGUACCAUCACCGUGUUGUGCGCAUCAGCCCAUCGGACGCGGUUGUUCUGAACUCGGCCGAGCGUGCGCCGUACCUCUUGACAAUCGAGGUACUGGACGACGAACUGAGUUUCGAAGACAGUUACUCGUCUGCAUUGUACCGCAUCCGAAGAACCAUGAAGCGUAACAAGGCACGCAAGGAGAAAGCAUGUUCCUCUAGCCAGGCAUCUGGGUCACCCUGCCAAUCUCCUCUCAGUAAAAAUUUCAAGACUACUACAAAUGGAAAUAAUAAUAAUAAUAAUAACAGCAGCAGCAGUGGUGGUGGUGAAGGUGGCGGUGCUAUUAGCAAUAGCAAUAGUACUAGUACUAGCAAUAGUAGUGGUGGCGGUAGUGACUCGGAUGGAUCGGAAUCUGUUGGAUCUUUUGAAAAACAGGCGGAGAUCCGCCGUAGAUCGAGCGAUGCCUACGCAGAACGUAUGCGCACGGCUGCUAUUAUGCUUGCGCAGCUGCAACAGAAUUCGAUUGCUUCACUUGGUGUAGGCACCAGUCGAUCGGCCUCUGCAAAGUCACGCCAAAGCACUUCUGAGAUUCAACAGAGAAUCAUCAAAGAGAUGGUUGCACUGGAAGAACAGCGAAUGGAAACCAUGCACAAGGAAGGUGUCAGUAGUGGUGUUGGAGAUGGAGGUGAAGGUGGAGGAAGCGAUCGGUUGGAUGACGAGCAGCGAAUGGCCUGGGUUGUCAACAAAGAAGAUCCUAGUGCUGCUGUGUUAUCAGAGGAUUGGGAUACUAAGAAGGCUCGUAUUCGAGCUGGUUCACCCUAUGGACAUUUGCCCAACUGGCGUUUAUUGUCAGUUAUUGUAAAGAAUGGCGCAGAUCUUCGCCAGGAACAAUUUGCAAUCCAAUUGAUCCGUGAGAUGCAAAGAAUCUGGCAAGACACAGCUGUUCAAGUUUGGGUGAAAUAUUUCCGUGUCUUGGUUACUUCUGAUAAUUCUGGCUUGAUUGAAACUUUGCGAAACACGAUAUCAGUUCAUUCGAUCAAAAAGGAUGCUUACACACGGGGGUGGAAUGCAAAGGGUGUUGUAUUUACCCUGCGUGAUUACUUUGAGCGGACCUGGGGUGCGCCCGAAUCAGAAAAGUUUCUAAAUGCGCAGGACGCAUUUAUGAGAAGUUUGGCUGGAUACUCGAUUGCAUGUUAUAUUCUACAGAUCAAGGACAGACACAAUGGCAAUCUUUUGGUAGAUGAUGCAGGACAUUUGAUUCAUAUUGACUUUGGCUUUAUGCUCUCAAAUUCACCUGGAUCUGUUGGAUUCGAACUUGCGCCUUUCAAACUCGCACAAGAGUACAUUGAUAUCCUCGGUGGCGUAAACAGCGAAAAGUUUGCAGAGUACAAGGCCUUACUGAAGGCUGCAUUUUUGGCUGUACGGAAACACAGCGAGAAUAUCUUACUUUUGGUUGAGAUGAUGAGCAAAGAUUCCAAGCUGCCUUGUUUCCAGAAUGGAGACCAGACAGUCCAACAAUUGCGUGACCGAUUUCAACUUCAUCUGACUGAACCACAGGCCGAGGAGUUUGUGGACAAGUUGGUCAUGAGCAGUUGUUGUAAUGUGUUUACCAGGCUUUAUGAUACCUAUCAGUACUACUCUCAG